AUGUGUGACAGAAAGGCCAUGAUAAAAAAUGCAAACAUGUCGGAAAAGAUGCAACAGGACUCGGUGGAGUGCACUACUCAGGUGCUGGAGAAAUACAACUUUGUGGUAAACAUCAAGAAGGAGUUUGACAAGUAUAAUCCCACCUGGCAUUGCAUCAUGGGGAGGAAUUUCGGUAAUUAUGUGACACAUGAAACUAAACACUUCAUCUAUUUCUACCUGGGCCAAGUGGCCAUUCUUCUGUUCAAAUCUGGUUAAAAUCAGGGACUGUGCCACACACCCAGUGAUCCAUCCGAAAACAAGGUCUGCAGCCUAAAUUCCAAAUACCAGAGACUGAAAUUUUCAGCCUUGCUAAGGAAACACCUCGAUCUUUGAACUUUUAUUGUGCUUUAUACAGGGCAUUCUCUGUACUAGUUUGUUGUGGUUCUAAAACAAUUAGCAAAACUGCUUACAUUUGUAUUUAUUCGAUUCCAUACUUCUGCCCAUUUUUUUCUCUCAAAAUCCAUUCCUUUAAAAAAUAAAUCUGUUGCAGAUG